CUUCCUGUAACGGAACUGGAAGAUAUCGAUAUUUUUUAUUUAAUGUUAGCAAUUUUAAAUCAUUAUUUCUGAAUGUAAGGGUUAUUUAAAACUCUUGCGCACUCCAUUCUGCACACAACAGCCUUUUUACAUAUUCAGUGCCUGACCUUUUAUGUUUUAAGCUGCAUCUGUUUGUACUCUACCAAGUAGGCUAGCUACUGUGGCUAAUUCUGUCAGCCUCCAUAGGUUUCUGUAGCAUACAGCGGUUGGCGCUUAGCUGACUGGCGUGCGUUGUGUUGACAAAACAGAAACAAAACGCUACGUGCCCGCGUUGUAAGAAAGGUAAAAACCAAAAAUAUGAGCGCAGAAGCCUCAAACCCAGCCGCCACACCCACUCCCUGUGAAGACAGUCAGGGAGAUGGACGGUGGAUGUCUCAGCACGUCCGCUUUGUUUCUGAGUGCAAAGAGAGAGAGCCAGAUGUCGUGUUUGUGGGAGACUCUCUUGUUCAGCUCAUGCAUCAGUUUGGGAUAUGGCGGCAGCUGUUCUCUCCUCUCCAUUGCCUUAACUUCGGAAUCGGUGGAGAUGCAACGCAGCAUGUGCUGUGGAGACUGAGCAAUGGCGAACUGGAUAACAUCAGCCCAAAGGUCGUGGUGCUGUGGGUUGGCACGAACAAUCACGGUCACACAGCUGAACAGAUUGCCAGUGGAAUCAUGGAGAUUGUCCAACUCAUCCACAACAAGCUCCCCAACGCCCACACGCUUGUACUUGGUGUACUUCCCAGAGGUAGAAUGCCAAACCCUCUACGACAGCGAAACGCCGAGGUGAACAAGCUAGUCCAGGAUGCCUUAUCGUCUCUGUCCCACGCCUCCUUCUUUAACGUGGAUCCAGGUUUUGUCCUUUCGGAUGGAAGCAUCUCCCAUCAGGAUAUGUAUGACUACCUUCACCUGACUGCUCAUGGAUACCAGGCUGUGUGUGAACCCCUUCAUGCUCAAAUCAAGUCUCUGUUAGACAAACCAGCAGAGAACUGAGUAUCCGGCUUAGAAGCGUACACUACCACAGUGGUCUUCGUCCCUGUUUUCAGAGAGCACUGCCCUCAGCUUUAUAAGGCUUUGGAUGUUGGAUAGAAUCAGCUAAUUAUAAGGGCUAAGAGCAUCGUUUAAUCUGUAUAAACCAGAUCUCUAUAACCAGGGUUGGUGACCACUGUUAUUGAUAAGCGGACCAUAAGGUUUUUUUUUUGUGUUUACAAUACAAAGAUGAGAUGUGUUGUAUUAUAGAGAGACAGUGUCCUUCUUGACCCCUAUAGCUUCGUAUUCCAUCUCUUUUAGGUUUUCUUUGCAUGAAAUUUAUAAUUUUCACUGUUACAAAAUACACAGAUGAAUAUGAUGAAGGCAUCUCCACACAGCACUGGUAAAAGAAAAUCUGAUAAAUUCACAACCUCGAUUUCUCUGACAAGACAUUAGAAUUAUGUGUCAACUUUCCAUUGGAAUUCAUUCUUCAGGUCAAAACAUUACACUGCAGAGUAAUUGAAAAAACCUUGUCUACGAAUAAAUGUUGCACAUCUCAUCCUUUUGCUCCGUGAACCUGCUAAUUUUCUGAGGGAUUAAUGAAUUAAAUAUUUCACUACUACACUGCCUUUCUGACGGAACUGGAUCAAUGCCCAGUUGGAAAAUGGUUUGAAAGCCCUCAGAUUUGUGCCAGAAUUUGCAUGCAUGCUAGAAACAGCGAACCCUCUCACUUGACCUAUUGUUUCUUUGUAUCAGUAAUUUCUAUGGGUUGGUUUUAUUUUAUUUUCUUUUUUGAUUUGAUUUUGCUCUUCGUGGUAGGAAAAGCUGAGGUGGUAUACGAAGCAUUGAAGAUGGCUUUUCUUCAUGGUGAACCAAGAAUCUUGAUGAAAGUUUCUAGAAACAAACUGGAAAACAACCAUCAUUCAUGAUGCAAAAUCAGACAAUGCUUUAAAAAUGUCUGUAUCUUUACUGUGAUUUUAUUUUCCUUUUGUAUAUGUUAAGUCCAAUGAACAAAAAGUUGUUUUUGUCUAUGUGGCGAAUAGUUUACCAGUCAGUUUAUUUUACAUCAUGUCACAUUACCUCUUUGCCUUUAUACCUUUUUCUCCUCACAUAUUGUAAUGGCAGUAGAGUUCCAUGGUAGUGGCUGUGUAUUUCUUGUGAUCAUAAAUGUAUUAGACUCAUCUAGUUGCUUGUGCUUCAAAUUUGAACUUUUCUGCAACAUAAUGGCUCACUCAGCCGUUUAAGAUGCUUUACUUCAUACUAUGAUGCUUGGGAGCUGCUUGGAUAAGCAAGGUGCCACGGAAACUUGAGAUGGUCAAGGAUGAGAAACUGCAAGUGAUGAAAGAAAUGCAUUAAAUUUCCAAACAAAACGG